AUCUACUCUGUUUAAACUGACAUGUCACAGUUUGUUAUUGAUUGUUAAUAACUUGUGUCUCUUUUGAAUCGUUUUGUAGAAACAAUCAAUCUGUGACAGUUUUUAGUUAAAGCUUGUUGUGUGUAACACUGGCUCACAGUAACAGAUUGAUAAAGUUAACCUGAUGUUGUUGCUGCUGUAUUGAUCCAAACUGGAUUAAACUUUAACCCAGUGAUGUUCAGAGUGUAUAAAUCUGUACACAGGAGACAAAGUGUGUGUCACAUAUCAUCUGAUUCAUUUAUCACAUAUUUCACUGAGCUGAAGACUUGUUCAUGUGUUUUUCUUCAUAUUGAUGAACUGUGAGUGGAAUUCAUGCAGGUGUGAUUCAGUGAGCUGAAUUUAGAGGCCACGUGCACAUACCAAGUGUCACCUGCAGGUGGUGCUGCAGCACUGUGAUAAAUACCUCAGUGGACCUGAGUCUGACUCUGAUGUGAUGCUUCAGGAUUUAUUCUCAUGUCAGCAGGACUGAAUCAGUCCACACGCAGAUGAAACAUCUGACUAAUAGAUUAAAUCUGGAUAUUUAUUAUAUUCACAUUUAAUCAAACCAUUCAUCCUGAUUAAUCUGGACUCAACAAAUCAUAUCACAUUUGUGAACGUGAGUUAAAAGUAAAACCUGUAAUGACAUUGUGAGUAUUUAUGUUUCUCUCAUAACUGACAUUUGUUGUGUUUUUGAUUAACAGCUGACUUUAAAUGAGUCAGAAACACAGAAUCUAUUUCUGCUUCUUCUUAUUUUUAAUAUUUCUUUUGCUCCAGAAUACAACAUGUCUCAUCCAUCUGAAGGUCAGAGACACUCAGCAGAGAUGUUGGUUAUAACUAAAACUGUAAAUCAAUAACUCACCGAACCUGUUUCCACAGAGGGAAGCAGUUCUGUUGACCAACAGUCUGCAGUUGAUGUGACGGAGUCGUCUUCUGUCUCUGAGGGAACUAACGUCUCACAGAUGAACAUGGAACCAGUGGAACCAGUGGAACCAGUGGAACCAGUGAACCUCCAGGAGGCUCUACAGGGACUGAAGGAUUUGAUGACAGAAGAAUGUUAUAAAUCUGCUGAACGUUUGAUGAACGACUGCAUCAACAAGACCCCAACUGACCCACAGAGUCUUCAGGAUCACUUUACUCUUUUGAAGGAACAACUCAUAUCUGAUCAAGGAAAGAAAAAAGCCAAACAGUCCGAACAGACAGCAAAGAAACCUUCAUCUUCAUCAUCAAGUUUAUGGAGUUCCAAGGUGAAGGUGUACUCUGUGGUUACUGGUAAAACCUUUGGAGCCCAUCAAGUCCUACUAGACAAAGUGAAGAAUAUGAAAUGGACAACAGUUACCGUGGAAACCACCAGAGACCUGCAGGAAAGCCACGUCGUUAUCGUCUUCUGUCCAAUCACGACUCGUGUUGGAUCAGAUGUGAAUGCAGCCAUGACAGACAUUAAAGGCUCCUGUGGUCAGAAACCUGUGAUCCUGGUGCUGAUGCAUCACACCCGAGAUGUCGACUAUUCAACUGAUGGAAAAAGAUGGUCUGACGUGUACGACAACGUUGUGUUGGAUGUUCAAGUUCUUUUCCACGAGACGAAGAGCGGAUUACUGACCUGUCCAAUGAAUGAUCAGGCAGUCGCUCAAAUACAGAAAGAAUUACAGAAACACAGUAAAUGGUGGUCUUAACAGCUGCAUUUUGAGCAACAACAAGAAUGAAAUAAGGAAAGCAGCAGCAUCAUUACAUUAAAACACUCAGUAAUUAUAGAAGCAGAGAAAUACACAUUUAUUAAACCCCUUCCUCCUGAGUGUUCUUUGUUUAAUAAAGUUGAUCCUGUUAAACUU